AUGCGUCCUCUGCCUUACGCCCUGCUUUCACCUUUCCCCUCUCCUCCAUACGCCCUGCUUCCCCCUUUCCCCUCUCUUCCCUACACCCUUCUUCCAACUAUCCCCUACCUACCUUACGCCCUGCUUCCCCCUUUCUCCUCUCUUCCCUACACCAUUAUUCCCCCUCUCCCCUCUUUGCCUUACACCAUUCCCCCUUUCCCUCCUCUGCCUUACCCCCUUCUUCCCGUUCUCUGCCUUACGCCCUGCUUCCCCCUUUUCCCUCUCUGCCUUACCCCCUUCUUCCGCCUUUCCCCCCUCUCUGCCUUACGCCAGUCUCCCCCCUUUUCCCCUCUUCCAUACGCUCUUCUUCCCCCUUCCCCCUCUCUGCCUUACGCCCGUUUUCCCCCUUACGCCACUCUGCCUUACUCCCCUUCUUCCACCUUUUCCCUAUCUCCCUUGCUUCCUUCUUCCCCCUUCCCCACUCUGCCUUUCACCCGUCUUCUCCCCUUCCCCACUCUGCCUUUCAACCGUCUUCUCCCCUUCCCCACUCUCCCUUACACCCUUCUUCCAACUUUCCCCUCUCUGCCUUGCGCCCUUCUUCCCCCCGUUCCCUCUCUUCCCUACACCCUUCUUCCCCCUUACACCACUCUGCCCCCCCCAUCUACCUCAUUCCACUCUGCUACACUCCUUUCGGUCCCUUACUCCCCUCAGCUAUACCCCACGCUCCUCACUGCUCCCCUCACAUAUACCCCUUGCUGUCCCAUAUUCCCCAUGGGUAUACCCCUUUCUCUCCCUUGCUCCGCUCGGCUAUCCCCCUUUUUCCCUCUUACUACCCUCUGCUACACUCCUUUAUCUCUCGUACUCCCCCCGGCUAUACCCAUUUACCACCCAUCCUCCCCUCACCGCAACCCCAAGCUGUCCCUUACUCCCCCCGGCUAUACCCCUUUCUCUGCCAUACUUCCCCCGGCUAUACCCCUUUCUCUGCCAUACCCCCCCCGGCUAUACCCCUUUCUCUGCCAUACCGCCCUCGGCUAUCUCUCUUUCUCCCCCUUCCUCCCCUCUGCUAUACCCCUGACUCUCCUUGACUCCGCCCCCAUGACGCGCCCUCUCCUUUCGCCCAUCCUCCCCCCAUUCCCUCGCAUCCUUACACCUUUAUUCCCCCACCAUGAGUUCUCUGCCUUACACCCUUUUUCCCCCAUUCUCCACUCUGCCUUACCCCCUUCUACCUCCUUUCCACCCUCGCGUUCUUUCCCUAACGACCUGCUAAACCCCUUUUCCCCCUCUUCCCUACACCCUGCUUCCCCCUCUCUCUUCUCUGCCUUACGCCCUGCUUCCCCCUUUCCCCUCUCUUCCCUACACCAUGCGUCCCCCUCCCCCUUGUCUUCCAAACACCCUUCUUCCCCCUCUCCCCUCUCUUACUUUCCCCCUACUUCCCCCACCAUGCCUUCUCUGCCUUACGCCCUGCUUUCCCCUUUCCCCUCUCCUCCCUAUACCCUUCUUCCCCCUAUCCCCUCCUUGCCUUACCAUUUUUCGCUUCCUUUCCCUCUCUCGCAUUCACCCGUCUUCCCCCUUUCCCCUCGCUGUCUUACACCCUUCCUCCCCUUUUCCCCGCUUUGCCGUACACCCUUCCUCCGCCUUUCUACCCUCUCUGCCUUACGCCCUUCUUCCCCACUUUCUCCUCUUCCUUCCACCCUUCUUCUCCUCUUCCCCUCUCUGCCUUACGCCCUUCUUCCCCACUUUCUCCUCUUCCUACCACCCUUCUUCUCCCCUUCCCCUCUCUGCCUUACGCCCUUCUUCCCCCUUUUACCCUCUUCCUUACUCCCUUCUACCCCCUGUCCCAUCUCUGCCUCGCUCCUUUUUUGGGACCCUUACGCCACUGCGCCUCACUCUCGUUCACCACCCUUCCCCAAUCUCCCAUCCUCCUUUUUCCACACCCUCUCUGCCAUUCACCCCACUUCUCCCCUUUCUCUCUCUGCGUUACACCCUUCUUCCGCCUUUCGCCUCUAUGCCUUGCACCCUUUGUCCCCCUUACGCCACUCUGCCAUAAUCCCCUUCUUCUACCUUUCCACUAUCUCCCUUACCUCCUACAUCACCCUUUGCCUCUAUGCCAUUCUCCCUUCUUCUCCCCUUCCCCUCUAUGCUUUACACCCCUCUUCCGCCUUUCCCCUCUCUUCCUUACGCCCUGCUUCCCCCAUGUCACUCUUUACACUACACCCGUCCUCCCCCUCUCCCCUCUCCGCCUUACACCUUUCUUGCCCCUUUCCCCUCUCUGCCUUACCCCCAACUUCCACCUCUCCCCCCACCUGCCUACACCUUUCUUCCCCCUUCCCCUCUCUGCCUUAUACCCCUUUCCCCCUCAUGCCACUCUGCCUCACUCCCCUUAUCCCACCUUGUCCCUAA